AUGCUCUCUAGAACAACACUCGCAGCCUUUAUGACAGCGGCUGCUGCUACUUUGGCUCUCGCUCAAACCAACAUCACCGCUGAUGUCUGCGCAGACCCCUCUACCUUUACCAGCUGCACAACGAAAGCACUUGCGGACAGUAAGGCAUGCACAGAUGUUUGCAACGGAAACAAGCUCUGCGUUCUGAGCUGUGGAUGCGCCAUGUACCAAGCUUACAUGAACUGUGUCGGCGAGUCGUGCUGGAAUCAGGCGUACUCGUGCGAAUACGGCAAGCUGGUAGCAAUGUACUUUGUCGAAUGUCCCACGGCCUCCGAACCGAUCCCUUUCUGGCCUGCACCCGAUAACGCUCCCGGCGGCUGCUAG